AUGUCUUCAUCAAAUCGACUCGCACCAAUGCCACCACCAAAACCAAGAAGUUUGGUUCGUGGACAAUUUUAUCAUGGAGGUCAGUUUUUUUGGAAACAUAAAAAAAACAAGAGUUAGCAAUCAUAUUCUGCAUAUUUGAUUGCUUAUGUCAUACAAUCUUAAAUAUUUUCAAGUUCAUACAUAUUCGAUAACUUCUCUUGAAUGUCUGACUAACCAAGUUCAAAUGAGUCUGUAUUGAGUGCAGAAAGAAGUUGAAAUGUUUCAGAGGGGAUUCUGUAAAUUGAGAUAUCCAAAAUACUCUUUUGUUAUUUUUAAAGUAGCUAGAUCUAAAAAAAAGAAACCGAUGAAAAUGAUGUGAAAACACCUGGCUAUUUUAUUACUGUACCUUGUUUCUAAAUUGGGAAGUUGAAUUUCGAAAAUCAUACUUCAUGAGUUUCCUCAAAUAUGUUUGAAAACUAAUUUCGAAUAUUCAUCUACUCAUUGUUUUUAGGAGAAGCAACGCUUUGAUUUCAAGAGCAGUUCACAUUCAGAACUAAAAAUCUAAUAUUGUGAAAUUUAUUAAUAAUUUUUCUUUGAAGUUUUUUGGGAGCCCAGAGAAUUCUCUAAUUUUCAACCCAUUCCUAUUACUGAUCCCCAAACUAAAAAUUUAAAGUUUGAAAAGUUUGCUUGCUCCUAAAAAAAUGCUCUGAAACCCGGCCGACAAAUAUUUCAUCUUAAUUGUUCCAUCUUUCGUUCGAGACAAGCCACAUACAUAAAUAAAUAAAUUCCACAUUUUUUCUCAUGCUCCGCCCAAAAUGCACUAAACCCCUCUGAAAAAAAUGUUCCAUUUUUUCCUGGCUCCACAAAAAGGCGUUCUUUUUUCCUUCUUCUUCUCAUGGCAGCCACAAAGCCAGCCUCUGAUUGAUGAUACCAAAAAGUGCCUAUUGUUUUUUAUUUCUCCUAACCAGAAAAAAUUGGUAUAUAUGUUGUGUAUGCAAACAUAGUUUCAGUCUGUUUAGAAACACGAAAACGUUGUGUGUUAGAAGCAAUGAAUAAUUGAUAUUCACACACUCUUCUGGUUCUAUGUUCAUAGGAUCCACAAAGAAAAAAGAACCUUUUUAUUCAAUUUUUUCGCGGAGAUAUCUAAUGAAAAAAGUGCGAUGCUCCAUAGCCUCCCACCCCUAUUUUAUUUGAGUGCAUUCAUUUUUUCGUGCUCUUUGCCAUUCCGAGUUUUUUUUCAUUUUAUUUUUUUAUUUAUUUAUUCAUUUAUUUAUUGAGAUGAGCCUUUUUCUGAUUGGUUUGGAUAUAUUAGUUUUUGUUCUUUUCCAGGAAAGCAUUUGUUCAGGAAUGACAUUUCUAGAUAGAAAAGGUUCAGAAAACUAUCUAGAUGUUAGCUUUCAGGUGCUUUUAAACAGCUGAUUUCUCGGGACAAAGUUUCAUUUUGCAGGGAAAACGGUUGUUCCUCAUUAGUUUAAUUUUCUGAACUCUGAACUUAUUUUUGGAAUUUUUAAAAGAAACUAAUUAGUAGCCCAGCUCAUUUUCCAGGUUCAAAAACAAACAUUUUGAAGUUUAAAUUUCAAAAACUUCACUACUUUUAUGUUAGCUGAAGAAGGUUACUGUAAUUUAAAAAAACAUAGGUCAAAAUUUCUCACUUUUCCUUGAAUCCACAACACAUAUUUCUCAUAGUGGCUUAAGAAAAUUCAUAGGAUUCCGGUAAUUUUAAAAUUAGGCAAUUUUUGAAAGAAAUGUUUCACUGAUUUAUCAAAGUUCAAAAAAAUCCCACUCUUUCCAUUUUUCAACGUUUUUUCCCAGAAUCCAAAACACAAUUCAACAUUUUCAUUUUUCUUCUUUUGUCUAUUUCAGUUAUCCAACCUAAUAUCAAAGCGAAUAAAUUUUGCGAUUUUCUUCACUGAAGUGUUUUUGUGACAAGAAUAGAGUAAGAAAAAGAAUAGAAGACUAGGUUUUUUUAAGAAGUAAAAAAGAAAAAGCAAAAAACGAGGAAAACAAGACAAUCCAAUAUUCUGUUUUUUCUCGUCUUGUGUUUUUUCUUCUUUAGAAAAAAAUUGAAAGAAAAAAUGAAAAUAAUAUGAGAAGUUAGUCAUUUUUUCAUUUCUUGUCACUUUUUUGCGUCUUCGCCAGCUGAAAAAGAAGCUCAAAAAGCGAACAAAUAUAAAAUUUAUGACUUUUUUGGAACAAGGUUUGUCAAGCCUCUCCGUCGUUCAUUUUUACUUUUUUCCACAUGUUGCUCCUAUUUUUCACGGUGUGUUGUUUUUCUAAUUUCACAAAGUGAUUCGAGUCUACGUUUUUUGCUACAGUCCCUGUUCUAAAUCUAAGAAACGCGUGAAUUUAAGAAAUGGUCAUUUUUUAUGUCCAAAAAUGUUUCUCCAGCCAUUUCCCAUUUUCUUGAAAACCAAACAUCCAAUAUAAAUAAAUUCCAACAAAAAAAGCUGACAAGCACUUGUUCAUUGAGAUUCUUCACCCUUUCAUUAUUUUCUGACUAGAUGUUCUUUUUGAAAACUACGGUAGAUCUGAUUAACAUGAGCAGAGCAUUCAUUUUUCCUUUUCUUAAGUGCCUCUAAACUUUGAUCGCCCCAUGUUCCUUUCAUUUCAUCAAGAACGAAUAAAAAAGGAGAAGCGACGAUGAUGUAGGUUAUUAUUAUUAGAAAAGAGACGGGGUUCAUCAAAAAUUCAAGCACCCGAAGCAAAAAAAGAAUCUCAAGUGCUCUCCUAUUUUUUUGCUUCAUUUUCUAUUUUAUUUUCAUUUCAUUCCAUUUCUUACAUUCAGGAAAAAAGGAAUUCUUCUCAUUUAAACUUGUUUUUUAAUCCAGAGUUCUCAAUUUCAUAUUUUAUUAAUUUUCUCCUCCCCUUCCUCUUCCUUUUUCGCCCACCACCAAGCAAAAAAUGAGCAACAUAACAAAAAAAAAGUUUCUCCUUUUUUGUUCAACCACAAACAAUGUGUCAAUUCUUGGCCCUUUUCUGAAUAUUUUCUUGGCGUUUUUGAGAAGUUUUUGACACUUUUCUUUUGGUGGCUAGAAAUAAAAAGAGGGUGGAAUUUGUGGAAUUUUCUUUGUGAGAAAAUUGCUAUAAAGUUUUUUGGGGUUGUUUGUCUGGCUAUUUUGAAUUGAAAUGUUGCGAGAUUUUUGAAAGUCUAACUGGUUCAUUUUUGUUAUUGAAUUUGAGUUUCUGAUUUUGUAUGCCUGAAGAAUUUGCAAAAAAAGUUCACCUGUUCUGACUUACAUUAAGUGAUCGAACAAUUAGAAAUUGCUGUGGAAAGAUAAGUGAUGAUAUGAAAUAACAGUUGAAAAUCAAAAAAAAAGAUUUUUUUCUAAAAAUGACUAUAGCUUUUUUCAUAAUUUUCCCUAGAAUGUUUUUAAAACUCACUAUUUUGAGAAUAUGGUUUUUGUUUUCAAUUCAACAAUGUUUUUUUUUGCAGUGGACGGUUUCUUAACUCCACAAGACAGUGACACGGAUAGCGGAAUAAGUGCCGACUGUGAUCAAAGUUCACCACGUGGCGGUGGCGGAGCAACAUCAGUUGGAGGUUAUCAUCAGUUAACUUCGUCAGCUUUGCGACGACAUCAACAACAUCUUGAUCCAUACCACCAUAAUCAAACAAUUCGCAGUCAUUCCUCAAACGAUUAUUUGACACCGAAUUCGGCAAGAAAAAUUGCGGCUGCUUCUGGCUCAUCGUUGACAACGUCGUCAUCGACUUCAUCCUCAAACUCAACACCAAGAAGACUUCCGCCACAACCAACUCAGCAACAGCAACAACAAUCAACUCCAACAUCAACAACACUUACCAAAGCAAAAUAUCGUGUCAGAUUUGCUGAUGAGGUGACUUGUGUUUCUUUCAUCUUUGAAUAAAAUUCUAGAAAAAAUACUCUUUGCAUAUUUUUUUUCUUUUUUUUUCAAAAAUAGAUUUUCGCCUUCAUGAAACUCAAUUUUCUAGGGUCAAAAUGAUGUCCGAAAUGAACCCCUUUCAAAAAGAAACUUUUUAGGAGGUUUUUUUCUAGACAAAUAUUUUUCAAGUAAUGUGUGAAUUCUUUUCAUAAAUAAAAGUGCAAAGAUUUUGUCCCCACUUUCCUCUCAUUCAAUAAUUCUUUCAUAGGUUGAUAGCGGUGCGUCAACAUCAAGCGGAACCUCCUCCGCUCAUAUUUCGCCAAGAAAUGAUCAAAAAGAAAUGUUGUUAACAUCCGAUCCUCAUCAUACACAUAUUCCACAAAACAUUUCUUCAUAUUCUCAACAGCAACCAAUUAUUCCCAACGGCAACAAUAAAACUCAACCAAGAUCUGGAACAUUGCGUAAGUCACAACUUUUCGGCUGCAUUCAUUUUUCUUUGUAAGAAACCAGACGAACAUUUAUUCAUUCAAAAAAAAAAGAAUAUCAAUUCUCACUUGUAAAAAUUCGUUCUAAUUAGUCAUGGAGCUCCUUUUUUUCCGAGCAGCUCAUUAGUUUUUCUUUGCAAUUUUUUCUCCAAGAUGCUAACAAAAUUUGCUUCGCAUCACAAAAUUUCAUUUUAUCAAUUUUUAUUUUGUUUUCAGAACGUGGGCCCACUCGUCGAACUAUGAUGAGUUCAACUCCACAACCACAGCCUACAUAUGUUGAUCAGAUUCCAGAUCCUCCAUCUUACAACUUGACUAUGCAGAGAUUGAGGUUUGUUUUCAAAUAGAAUACAAAUAUUUAUAAAUUAUUUUGCAGAUCAGCUGAGCCAGUUGAAUCAUUCCGCGAUGCAUAUAUCCGUAAAAAUGUUGCCGACACUCUUCAAAGACGUUUCCGUCAACGAAGUUCUUCCUUGCCGAGAGGCAAUAAAUCAUAUUAUGAGGGUAUUGAUAUUUUCGAUACCCCACAACCACAUCAACAACAACAUUCACCAUUUUUGGCGCAACAAUAUCCAGUGCAUUCAAUGCAACACUCACUUCACUUUCCAACAACACAAGCAUCACUUAUCGCAGCCGCUAAUCAACUUCCUGGAAGUUUGGAUAAUUUACAUAUCACUGUUAGUUUUUAGGCAAAAAAAAAUUAAACGAAAAAAUAAUUUGAUAUUUUUUUGAAGAUGGGUUCAAUGAAGCGUCGUAAACUGCCAACAGCACCGUUGAUGGGCUCAAUGAGCCAAUUGCAUCACGACGAAUCGGAUGAAUUGACUGCUUAUAGAGCACUGCAAUUUCAGAUGAUGCGAGAUGAAUAUCAAAGGUAAGAAGAUUUGUGCUUGAUUUUUCAGAAGACGUUAUGACUUUCCCAGAUUUUGAGAGCAUUACUUUAAUAUUGAAAAUUUUGUGAGAUUUUAAAACAAAGUUUCAUUAUUUUAUAAAAUUGAGUAUAUGAAUGUAUAUAGAUAGAUUAUAUAGUAAAGAUAAAACUCCAUCUCUAGAAAUCCAUAACUUUCAGACAAUCUCAAGCUGCCGCGGCAGCUGCAGCUGCUCAACAACAGCAACAACAUCAGCAACAACAUCAGCAACCGCAACAAUUUGAUCGUCAACCCACUUUACUUCGUCGUACGAUUCUUCCAAAACCAGCAGGCCCAGUUCAAUUCGAGCCAAUCCCACCACAAAAUCCCGCUGAUUUCGGGCCAAACGGAGUUCGUGCCCAAUUAAUUGCGUUGGAUCAAAGAGGAUAUCGACGAGUUUUGGUUGAGAAACUGAUGCCUGGACCAUUUGGAUUCUACAUAGCUACAGGAAUGGUUGCUUGUCAGAGAGGUAUAUAUUUUUAUACCUGGGUGUAGUUCAAAAUAAUUUUUUUCCAGGAAUCUUUAUAUCACGAGUCUCCCUUCCUUCAUUAUCACCAAUGUUGACCGUUGGAGACGAGAUUAUUUAUGUGGACGAAGAACUUGUUAAAGGACGUUCUCUUGAAUAUGUCCAAUCAGUUAUUGCUGGAAAAACUACAGUUACAAUAACCCUUCUUCCAGCCGUUGGACAACCUGCCCUUUGUUAG